UUUUGCCAGCUGCCAUACGGACCUGACAAGAAGCAGAGAGAGAGAGAGAGAGAAAGAGAGAGAGAGAGAGAGAGGGUACACGCCUUUGCUGUUCGCUCGGAGCAGUGCGCUGAACAUCAGCAAGCAGUUGUGCUCUCAGAACGUUGCAAGGAGGAGAAACUGUCAAACGAGGCUGCAACACCGAACAUGAACGGGAACGCGGGACUUCUCCUUGGGAUUGUGUUAAGUUUCCUGGUGGAGGUGGAUGGGAGUCAUGGAGAGGCAGUCUUCAUCCGAGAGUUCACCCUCAGUCGCCUUGACGACUAUCCAUAUGAUGCGUUCCAGGAAGCCACCGGCAGCCACAAGGCCGAAGACCCGAGUUCGCGUACGGCGCGUUCGGAGGAGGAUCGGGACACGUUGUGGGACGCGUGGGGCUCGUGGAGUGAAUGUUCGCGCACCUGUGGGGGAGGGGCCUCCUACUCCCUGCGACGCUGCCUCAGCUCCAAGACGUGCGAGGGACAGAACAUCAAGUACCGCACCUGUAGCAAUGUGGACUGUCCGCCCGAGUCCGGAGACUUCCGCUCGCAGCAGUGCUCGGCCCACGCGGACGUGCGACACCAGGGCCAGUUCCACGAGUGGCUGCCCGUCGACAACGACCCCGAGAACCCCUGUGCCCUCAAGUGCCGUGCCAAGGUCUCUGGCCAGGUGGUGGAGCUGGCGCCCAAAGUGCUGGACGGAACACGCUGCUACACGGAGUCCCUGGACAUGUGCAUCAGCGGGGUGUGUCAGAUUGUGGGCUGUGACCUUGAGCUGGGCAGCACAGCGAAAGAGGACAACUGUGGCGUCUGCAACGGAGACGGCUCGUCCUGCCGCCUGGUGCGAGGACACUACAAAUCCCAGCAUGCAUCUGGAAAAACGGAGGACACGGUGGUGGUCAUCCCCUUUGGCAGUCGUCAUGUCCGUCUCGUUCUGAAAGGCCCGGAUCACUUGUUCCUGGAGAGCAAGACCCUGCAGGGGGUGAAGGGGGGGCUGUCCCUGGACGCCACCAGGCACUACGUGCUGGAGAACACCACCGUGGACUUCCAGCAGCUCACGGACAAGGAGGUGAUGAGGAUAGCCGGACCGCUAGGAGCUGACUUUACUGUUAAAGUCCAGUGUGUGGCGAGUGGUGCUGACAGCGUGGUCCAGUACAUCUUCUACCAGCCCAUCGUCCACCGCUGGAGAGAGACAGACUUCUUCCCCUGCUCCGUCACCUGCGGGGGAGGCUAUCAGCUGACGUCUGCGGAGUGCUUCGACCUGCGCAGUAACCGCGUGGUGGCGGACCAGUACUGCCACUACUACCCAGAGAACAUCAAGCCCAAACCCAAACUGCAGGAGUGCAACAUGGACCCCUGCCCUGAGAGUGGUGGUUACAAGCAGAUCAUGCCCUACGACCUCUACCAUCCCCUUCCAAGGUGGGAGAGCAGUCCAUGGACGUCCUGUUCCACCUCGUGUGGUGGGGGUGUCCAGAGCCGCUCCGUGACCUGCGUGGAGGAGGACGUGCAGGGCACCAUCGUGCCCUCGGAGGAGUGGAAGUGCCUCUAUGCCCCCAAGACGCCCAUCCUGCAGCCCUGCAACAACUUCGACUGCCCUACCUGGCUGGCUCAGGAGUGGUCACCAUGCACAGUGACCUGUGGGCAGGGCCUGCGUUACCGUGUAGUUCUGUGUAUUGACCACCGGGGGCUCCACGCAGGGGGCUGCAGCCCCACCACCAAACCCCACAUCAAAGAGGAGUGCCUCGUCCCUGUGCCCUGCUACAAGCCACUAGAGAAGCUUCCGGUGGAGGCGAAGCUGCCUUGGUCCAAACAGGCUCAGGAGCUGGACAGCGAGACCGCCGUAACCGAGGAGCCCACGUUCAUCCCAAGCUCUUGGGGUCCCUGUAGUCGCUCCUGCGGCACGGGCACCCAGAGGCGUGCGGUACGUUGCCAGGUGCUGCUGUCCUUUUCGCAGGCGGUCGCCGACCUGCCCGACGACGAGUGCGAGGGCCCAAGGCCGAGCGAGACGCAGCCCUGCUUCCUGUCGCCGUGUCGGAGCGAGGGAGGAGGAGGAGGAGAGGGCCAGGGAGAGGGAGAGGGAGCGUGCGGAGGAGAGAAAGAGGAGCUCUACGACUGGGAGUACGACGGCUUCACCGACUGCUCCGACACCUGUGGAGGAGGUAUGCAGGAGGCAGUGGUGAUCUGUCUGAACAAGCAGACCAGAGAGGCGUCCGACGAAGAGCUGUGUGUGGAAUCACGUCGACCACCUCAACUCGUGCAGACCUGCAACAAAGAAGCCUGCCCGCCCAGGUGGGAGCUGAGCUUGUGGAGUUCCUGCUCUGCCACCUGUGGGGUGGGCCUGCGUUCGCGUGCGGUCACCUGCACCCUUCGUCCAGCGCGUGGCAGCAACCGCACGGAGGCCCUCCGAGAUGAGGAGUGCCGGCCGCCCAAGCCCAUCCCCGUGCAGGCGUGCAACCGCUUCGACUGCCACCCCACCUGGGAACCCCGAGACUGGGGACAGUGCUCCCGUACCUGUGGGGUCGGUGCCCAGAAGCGGGAGGUGCUGUGCAAGCAGCGAUUGGCUGAUGGGAGUGUUCUGGAGCUGCCUGACACGUUCUGCCCCUCCCCCACCCCCCCCAGCCUGCAGGCCUGUGCCCGAGUGGCCUGCCCACCGCGCUGGGUACCCACAGACUGGACCCAGUGCUCUGCCACCUGUGGUGAGGGUACCCAGAGGCUGCUGGUUGUGUGUCGACGCCAGGGUGAGAGUGGGCAAUACCAGACCCUGCUGCCCGACGCCUGCUCGUCUGUUCCCCGGCCCAGCACUGUACGGCCCUGCACCAACGAGCCCUGCAAGAGUCCUCCAAUGAAGCCGUCCGUGUCCAGGCCGGAGCCCAGCAUCCUGGCCCAGCGCAAAGUUUACAUCCAGUGGCGCAAGGGCCGCAAGCUGCACUUCAUCGUUGGCGGCUACGCAUACCUGCUGCCCUGGACCUCCGUGGUCAUUCGCUGCCCCACGCGUCGCGUCCGCAAGGGCCACAUCCGCUGGCUGAAGGACGGCCGGCCACUAGGGGGCGCAUCGUCGUCGUCGACAGUGCCGUCGUCGUCGACGACGAUGCCGUUGUCUCCGUCGUCGCUUCCCCCUGCCCCUGCGCCGGCCACUGUGCAAGCCCGCCUGACCGUCUCCCCGAUGGGCUACAUCCGCAUCCAGCAGGUCCAGGUGUCCGACGCCGGCGUCUACACCUGCGUGGCCGGCCAGGCGCAGGAGAGCUUCGUGCUGAAGGUCAUCGGGAGUAAGAGGAAGCUGGCCGUGCCUCAGGGCAACCUCUGGCUGCCGCCGGACGACGCUGACCGCGACAACAACGACGACGCAGGACGGGAGAAGAAGAACGUCCAGCAGCCGGGGGCGAUGGCGGUGGCAGCGGGCACCGUGGUGUCGGAGGAGAAGGCCAGGGAGCUGCGUGCGUCGCUUGGGCGCUAUGACACCCUCGUCCAGAGGCUGCUGGACGCCAGGGACCAGGGCAGCAUCUCCAAGGAGCUCCUGGACGCCGCGGCGGAGGAUGGAGGCGCCGCCAUGAUCCUGGUGGCGGAGACGCACGCGCUGGACGAGGUGCUGCGUAACCUGUCGGGCGGUCAGCAGAAGGACUCGGUUCUGGCCCAGCUCCUGGGCGAGCUCACGCACAGCCACGGAGAGAACAACGAGUCCACGCUGCACCUGCAGGAGGAGCCGGACGCCUCCGAGACCUCUGCGCCCAGCGACGCCUCCGCCUCCGAGACCUCCGCGUCUGCGUCUGCGUCUGUCCAGCUGCAGCUGCGCCGCACCGCGGCCUUCUCCACCGGACCGCUCCGCAAGCCGGCCAUCCACGCGCCGCGCAGGCCCUCGGGCACCGCGUCCAGCCCUCUGGAGCCCGUGGCGUACGUGGGCGGUCCGGUCCUGGUGCCGAGGAAGGCGGUCCGUCUGCGGCUCAAGUGCCAGGCCCAGGGCAACCCGGAACCGGUCCUCACCUGGGCCAAGGACGGCCAGGAGCUGCAGGCCAGCAGCAGAGUAGCCCUUCUGCCAGACGGCUCGCUCCUCAUCAGAAGCCCUGGAGACGCCGAUGUGGGUCUCUACACCUGCUCCGCCCACAACCACCUUGGCUCCGCCUCCCUCUCCUCAAUCGUACACCUCGCAGAUCCCAGCUGUGGAGAUGAUGCAACUGCAGGGAACAGCUCGCUCUGUUUGAACACGUCCUUCGGAUCACAGCUCUGCCAUGGACAACACUGCCCCCAGAGGUGGCUGCUCUCUGCGUGGUCGGCCUGCUCUGCCCCCUGUGGUGGGGGGGUGCAGACGCGCCGGGUCACCUGCCGUGGGGGGCCUGAGGGGGAGCUCAGGUGCAGGGGGGCGGGGAAGAGACCCCCCCUCUCCCAGAGCUGCAACACCCAGCCAUGCUCCCACUGGUCCUCCACCGCCUGGGGCCCCUGCCAUGGCCAUUGUGUGGGACUGCGGCAAGCCACCCAGCACCGGCACGUGUUCUGCCAGGACAGGAACGGCACCAGGGUCUCCCACCGCAUGUGUGGCGCCUUCCCCAGACUGCCCUCCCAGAGGAACUGUACGAGCCAGGCCUGCUCCAUCCAGUGGCGUAUGGGACCCUGGACCCAGUGCACGGCCACCUGCGGUCGCCAUGGUUUCCAGUCGCGUUACGUGGCAUGCGCCCACAGCCGCACGGGGAAACUGGCGCGGGAGAUACACUGCUCCUGGAGGCCCCGUCCAGCCAGCUGGCAGAGGUGCAACGUCCAGUCCUGUGGCAGAGCGGGAGAGUGCCGGGACAGCACGCGGUAUUGCGAGAAGGUGCGGCAGCUGGACCUGUGCCCACUACCCCAGUUCAAGUCGCGCUGCUGCCAGUCCUGUCGGACCACCUGAGAGGUCACCUGGGGUCAUGGGUCAGAGGUGAGAGGGAUCAGAGAUGGGCAGAGGGGAGGACAACAUGUCUCCUGUCCACACAGACAACCAGCACAGCCACCACUCUCACCCUACC